AUGGCCGUGUCUCAAGCAGGUUCGGGCAAUGUGGCCGACACGGCGCACGCGAAGAGACUGAUAGCUGAGCGUGCUCGCGCUGACGCGGAAAAGGCUAGAGCUGCGGCGGAGGAGAGGCGCGCGGAGGCUGUGAAAUUACGCGUCGAGGCGGAAGUAAAGCAGCAGGCGGCGGAGGAGAAGCGAAGGUUGGCGGAAGAAAAGCGGAGGGUCGCGGAGAAGGCCAAAGAGGAGGCGCAAGCGCGGCAGGCGGAGGCGGAGAGCGCGCAGGCGGAAGCGGAGAGGAAGGCGGAGGCAGCAGCGCGGCGGAAAGCGGAGGCGGCGGAAGCGAAGGAGCAGGCGAAUGCGGCGAAGCAGCGCGCGGUGAGUGCGCGGGAGGAGGCAGAUGCGAAGAGAGAGCGCGCGGAGCAGGCGAAGGCGGAGGCUGAUGAGAAGAGGGAGAAAGCUGCGCAAGCCAAGGCAGAGGCAGACCGGAAGCAGGCUGAGGCAGAGCAAGCGAGGGAGACAGCCGAGGCUGCGAGAGCGAAGGCUGUGAGCGGGAGGGAGGUUGCGGAGAAAGCCCAGCGGGAGGCGGAACUGGCGAAGGAAGAAGCGGAGAGGGCGAGGGGCGAGGCGAAGCAGGCUCAGGAGAAGGCGGAGGCUGCUCUGGCUGCUGCGGAGGGGAAGAGGGAAGAGGCGGAGAAGGCGAAGCAGAGCGCGCGGGCGCGACUGGAGGAGUCUGUGGCGCUGAAGGAAAGGGCCGCGGAAGCGAGAGCUGCGGCGGAAAAGGAGCACGCGGAGCUGGAGAGGCGGAAGGGCGAAGCAGAGAGCGCGCGGGAGAAGGCGGAGGCGCAGAGGAGGGAGGCUGAGGAGAAGAAGCAGCAUGCUGAGAAGGCGAAGGAGGAGGCGGAUCGGAAGAGGAGUGAGGCGGAAAAGGCAAAGGAGGAGGCUGGGAGGGCGAAGCUGGAUGCGGAGAGGGCGAGGGAGGAGGCGGCGAGGAGGCAGGAGGAGGCGGAGGGGAAGCGGGGUGAGGCGGAGAGGAAGCAGCAGGAGGCGGAGAGGUUGAGGGAGGAGGCGGAGAAGGGGAGGUUGGCUGCAGAGCAAGCGAGAGCACAGGCUGAGCAGGCGAGGGAAAGGAAGAAGGAGCUGGAGCUGAAAACUCUGGCAGUCCUUCGUUCUACACACACGCUGCCAAUGUCGGACGCGGAAGAAACGGAAAACGCGCCGCUUGAGGAGGUUCCACAGGGGGAGGCGGCUGAAGCCCCCGUGAAAGAAGCAGCAGGCGAUGAUGGUGGUGGGGGGGCAGGAGAAGAAGGAGGAGGAGAAGCUGAGGGGGGUGGGGAUGAGGGAGCGGGCGAGGAGGAAAGUGCCGAAGAAGUGAAGGACGAUGCAAAUGAUGGAGAGAAGGAUGGUGAAGAGGGAAAUGCUGGUGACGAGGAAGAAAGGGUAGACGCGGAAGUUACCCCUGCUGAAGCGGGUGAAGCAACUGAAGCAGGUGAAUUGAGUGGUGAUGGUGACGCAGGAGAAGCAAGCGACUCAGGAGAAGCGACUGAAGGAGGCGAAGCAAAUGAAGCGACUGAAGGAGGUGAAGAAGGAGAAACAAGCGAAGAAGCGAAUGCAGCAGGAGAAGCUGAAGCAGGUGAAGCUGCUGAGGCGUUUGCGGAAGAGAAAGCUGAAGAGAAGGCGGAAGAGGCGGCUGAGGAUAUCAGCGAGGCGGAAGCAGAGAACCCAGCUGGUGGGCAGACAGAGGCGGAAAUCGGCGAUGCUGCACCGGCGGAAGUCGAACAGGCGGAAGCGGAGCUUGCGGAAGUGGAGCAGGCGGAAGGGGAACAGUCAAAGGGAGAUGACGAUCAAGGGAGCGACAAAGGGGAGGCUGAGGAUGCAGAGGCGGGUGUGACUGAACCGGGAGGGUCGAACGCAGAGGAAGUAGCUGCAGAGGAGGCUGCUACAGCCGAGGCUACAACCGAGGGUACAGCCGAGGCUACAGCCGAGUCGAGUGCAGAAGCAGGUGAGGAGACCAACGAAGAGGCGAGUGGGGAGGCGAGUGGGGAGGCAACUGGUGAGCCGAGUGAUGCUGCUGGUGGAGGUGAAGGGGGAGAUCUGGAGGGAACGACGAGUGAUGGGGAGUCACGAGCGGCAGAAGGAGAGAUGGAGGACGAGGGGAAGGAAGGUGACACAGGGGACGGACCGGUGGAGGAGAAAGGUGAGGAGGAGAGCUCAGGAGGACAAGGAGAAGGAGAGAAGGGAGAAGAGGAGGGAAGUGGCGAGGAGGUGAGGAACGAAGUGGGAGCGGAAGGGGAGGAAGAUCGAGGAGAGGAGGGAGGAGAGCGGACAGAAGGAGGAGGAGAAGAAGGUAUUGAAGCGGCAGCUGUAGGGGCAAGCGGCGAGGCUGAAGGGGAGGGGGCGGCGGAGGAGGCGGAGGGGUGUAAAGAAGGGGAUGCGGAGGAGAAAAAUGCUGACGUGGCAUCUGUGUCAUCAGGUGGCGGCGAUGGGGAGGAUGAACGGGCAGGUGAAGAAAGUGAGGAGAGAAUACAGGAUGGGGAGAUGGGGGCUGAUGAGACAGGGGAGGACGAGAAGGGGCAAGAGGAGGAGAGUUCCGAGGCAGGGGGGGUUGGAGGAGAGAUGGGCGAGUCUAGGUUGGAAGAAGGAGCAGAAGAGGAGGUGAUAGGGGAAGCAGCGAGUGCGGAGCAAUUGGGGGGAGAACCGGGGGAAGGGGAGGAAACGGAGGAGAAAGAUAAAGGUGGGGGUGAGGGGGAGAGGGAGGAGGAGGCGGUGAUUAUUCAUGUUGAUGCUGAGAAUGGGAUGGAAGAGGAGGGGAAGGCAGAGGAGGAAGCGGCAGGGGAGGCUAAUGGCUUGCAGGUAGAGGAAGGGAAAGAAGAGAAGGAGGAAGAGGGAGGAUUGGAAGAGGAGGAGGUGGAGGCUGGUGCAGGGCAGAACCAUGUGAAGGAUGGAGAGGGGAGUGAGGAGGGGAGUGAGAAGGGGAGUGACAAGAGUGAGAGCAGUAGUGACAGCGAUAGCAGCAGUGAGAGUGGGAGUGACAAGGAGGGGGAUGACGAUGAGAAGAAAGAGAAGAAGAAGGACAAAAAGGAGAAGAAGGAUAAGGAGGGUAAGAAAAAGAAGGAUAAGAAGGAUAAAGAGGGCAAGAAGGAUAAAAAGGAUAAAGGGAAGAAGAAGAAGAAGAAAAAGGACGAAGACGAGGAAGAGGAAGAGGAUGACAAGGAAAUGAAGUCCAAGAUAGCUGAAGAAAUGAAGUCAAAGAUAGAGGCAAAGCCUUGA